AUGUCUGGCACCUCCUACGCCCAAAACUCCUACGUCUGGCACCUCCUACACUCAAAACUCCUACGUCUGGCACCUCCCUACACCCAAACUCCUACGUCUGGCACCUCCUACACCCAAAACUCCUACGUCUGGCACCUCCUACCCCCAAAACUCCUACGUCUGGCACCUCCUACACCCAAAACUCCUACGUCUGGCACCUCCACACCCAAACUCCUACGUCUGGCACCUCCUACACCAAAACUCACCUCCUACACCCAAACUCCUACGUCUGGCACCUCCUACACCCAAACUCCUACGUCUGGCACCUCCUACACCCAACUCCUACGUCUGGCACCUCCCCCCAAACCCGCUGCACCCUACACCAAAACUCCUACGUCUGGCACCUCCACACCCAAACUCCUACGUCUGGCACCUCCUACACCCCAAACUCCUACGUCUGGCACCUCCUACACCCAAACUCCUACGUCUGGCACCUCCUACACCCAAACUCCUACGUCUGGCACCUCCUACACCCAAACUCCUACGUCUGGCACCUCCUACACCCAAACUCUACGUCUGGCACCUCCUACACCCAAACUCCUACGUCUGGCACCUCCUACACCCAAAACUCCUACGUCUGGCACCUCCUACACCCAAACUCUACGUCUGGCACCUCCUACACCCAAACUCCUCGUCUGCCUCCUACCCAAAACUCCUACGUCUGGCACCUCCUACCAAACUCCUACGUCUGGCACCUCCUACCCAACUCCUACGUCUGGCACCUCCUACACCCAAACUCCUACGUCUGACCUCCUACACCCAAACUCUACGUCUGGCACCUCUACACCCAAACUCCUCGUCUGGCACCUCCUACCCAAACUCCUACGUCUGGCACCUCUACACCCACUCCUACGUCUGGCACCUCCUACACCCAAACUCCUACGUCGGCACCUCCUACACCAAAACUCCUACGUCUGGCACCUCCACACCCAAACUCUACGUCUGGCACCUCCUACACCCAAACUCCUACGUCUGGCACCUCCUACGCCCAAAACUCCUACGUCUGGCACCUCCUACACUCAAAACUCCUACGUCUGGCACCUCCUACACCCAAACUCCUACGUCUGGCACCUCCUGCCAAAACUCCUACGUCUGGCACCUCCUACACCCCAAAACUCCUACGUCUGGCACCUCCUACGCCCAAACUCUACGUCUGCUUUCUACACCCAAAACUCCCUACGUCUGCUUCCUCCUACCCCAAACUCCUGCAUCCCAGCACCUCCCUACACCCAAACUCCUCGUCUAGCACCUCCUACACCCAAACUCCUACGUCUGGCACCUCCCUACACCCAAACUCCCUACGUCUGGCACCUCCUACACCCAAACUCCUACGUUUGGCACCUCCUACACUUAAAACUCUCGUCUACAGCACCUCUACGCCCGGCUCCUGCGUCUGGCACCUCCUGCACCCAAACUCCUGCGUCUGGCACCUCCUACACCCAAACUCCUACGUCUGGCUCCACACCCCGGCUCCUACGUCUGGCACCUCCACACACCCCCAAACUCCUACGUCUGGCUCCUGCCCAAACUCUACGUCUGCACCUCCUACACCCCAAACUCCUACGUCUGGCACCUCCUGCCCAAAACUCCUACGUCUGGCACCUCCUACACCCAAACUCCCCCUCCCUACACCCAAAACUCCAACGUCUGGCACCUCCUACACCCAAACUCCACCGUCUGGCACCUCCUACACCCAAACUCUCGUCUGGCACCUCCUACACCCAAGCUCCUACGUCUGGCACCUCCUGCACCCAAACUCCUACGUCUGGCACCUCCUACACCCACACGUCCUAUAGUAUUUCUGCCAUUCCUACUUUACCUUUUAGCCUUUUUCGUAAGCUAAACCCCGCCGCCAGCUAUAUAAUGUCAUGCUGA